GCUUUAAAAGGCAGUCUGGGACUGUUGUUCCUCACAUCACACUGACCAUGAGAGCGGUAGUACUUGCACUGACUCUAGCCCUUGUGGCGAGUCAACAUGUUAACUUUGCCCCUGAAUUUGCUGCCAGUAAGACCUAUGAGUACAAGUAUGAGGCACUGCUCCUGGGCGGUCUGCCUGAGGAGGGUCUGGCUAGAGCUGGAGUAAAAGUAAUCAGCAAAGUUCUUAUCAGUGCAGUUGCAGAUAAUACCUACUUGCUGAAGCUUGUGGACCCUGAGAUCUUUGAGUACAGUGGUGUGUGGCCCAAAGAUCAUUUCGUCCCAGCUGCAAAGCUCACUUCAGCCCUGGCUGCUCAGCUCUCCACUCCCAUCAAGUUUGAGUAUGCCAAUGGUGUUGUGGGUAAGGUAUUUGCCCCCACUGCUGUCUCUGAAACGGUGCUGAAUGUCCACAGAGGUAUCCUGAACAUUCUUCAGCUCAACAUCAAGAAGACACAGAACGUCUAUGAGUUGCAGGAGGCUGGAGCUCAGGGAGUGUGCAAGACCCACUAUGUGAUCAGUGAAGAUGCCAAGGCAGAGCGCAUCCAUUUGACCAAGACCAAGGAUCUCAAUAACUGUCAGGAGAGAAUCAUGAAAGACUUUGGUCUGGCUUACACAGAGAAGUGUGUAGAGUGCCAGCAGAGAGGGAAGGCCCUGAGGGGAGCUGCCGCUUACAGCUACAUCAUGAAGCCCACUGCCACUGGUGCUCUGAUCAUGGAGGCAACUGUUACUGAGCUCCAUCAGUUCACACCAUUCAAUGAGAUGACAGGAGCUGCCCAAAUGGAAGCAAAACAAAUGUUGACCUUCGUUGAGAUCAAGAAGACUCCAAUUAUGCUCUUCGAUGCCAAAUAUGUUCACCGUGGAUCCAUUCAGUAUGAGUUUGCCACUGAGAUUCUCCAGACACCCAUUCAGCUCCUUAAGAUCAACAACGCACACACUCAGGCUGUGGAGAUCCUGAAUCAUCUGGUCACGUACAACAUGGCACAGGUCCAUGAAGAUGCUCCUCUUAAGUUUGUGCAGUUUAUUCAGCUCCUGCGCAUGGCAAGCUCUGAGAGUAUUGAGGCCAUAUGGGCUGAGUUCAAGGCCAAGCCAGCUUACAGACACUGGAUCCUGGAUGCUGUCCCCUCCAUCGGAAGUCCAGUUGCUGUGAGAUUCAUCAAGGAUAAGUUUUUGGCUGGUGACAUCUCUAUUGUUGAGGCUGCUCAGGCUCUGGUUGCCGCUGUGCAUAUGGUGACUGCUGAUCUGGACACUGUCAAGCUUGUUGAAAGCCUGGCUUUCAACCACAAGAUUCAGACACACCCAGUUCUGCGUGAGAUCGCCAUGCUUGGUUAUGGUACCAUGGUUUCCAAAUACUGUGUUGAAAAUCCCAACUGCCACGCUGAACUUGUGAAGCCCAUACACGACCUUGCUGUUGAGGCUGUUGCAAAGGGCAACUUUGAGGAACUCGACGUGGUUCUUAAAGUUCUGGGUAAUGCUGGCCAUCCUGCUAGCAUUAAACCAAUCACAAAGCUCCUGCCCGUGUUUGGAACUGCAGCUGCUGCUCUGCCCCUGAGAGUCCAGGCUGAUGCAGUAUUGGCCCUAAGGAACAUUGCUAAGAAGGAGCCUAGAAUGAUCCAGGAACUUGCUGUGCAGUUGUUCAUGGACAAGGCUCUCCACCCAGAGCUCCGCAUGGUUGCCUGCAUUGUUCUGUUUGAGACAAAGCCCCCAAUGGGUCUGGUGACUACCCUUGCUAACAUUCUGAAGACAGAGGAAAAUCUGCAGGUGGCUAGCUUCACCUACUCUCACAUGAAGUCCCUGACCAGGAGCACUGCCCCUGACUUUGCCCCAGUUGCUGCUGCCUGCAAUGUUGCUGUCAAGAUGCUCAGCACCAAAUUUGAAAGAUUGGGCUACCGCUUCAGUAAAGCCAUCCACAUGGAUGCCUAUUACAGUCCCCUGAGGGUUGGUGCUGCUGCCAGUGCUUUCUACAUCAACGAUGCUGCCACCAUUUUGCCCAGAACCGUCGUGGCCAAAGCUCGCUCCUACUUUGCUGGAGCAGCUGCUGAUGUUCUUGAGGUUGGAGUGAGAACCGAGGGAAUCCAGGAGGCUCUUAUGAAAAUCCCCACAGUUCCUGAAAAUGUUGACAGGAUCACCAAGAUGAAGCGUGUCAUUAAGGCUCUGUCUGACUGGAGGUCCCUAACCACAAGCAAGCCCCUGGCCUCCAUGUACGUGAAGUUCUUUGGACAGGAAAUUGCCUUUGCCAACAUCGACAAGUCCAUCAUCGAUCAGGCACUUCAGCUUGCCACCAGUCCUUCGGCACACGCUUUGGGAAAAAAUGCCUUGAAGGCACUGCUGUCUGGAGCUACUUUCCAGUAUGCUAAGCCCCUGCUGGCUGCAGAGGUGCGUCGCAUCUUCCCCACCUCUAUUGGUGUGCCUAUGGAGCUCAGUUUCUACACUGCUGCUGUCGCUAAAGCAUACGUCGAUGUCCGUGCCACUCUGACACCUGCUCUGCCUGAAACCUUCCAUGCUGCCCAGCUGUUGAAAACAGACAUUCAGCUACACGCCGAAGUUAGACCAAGCAUUGUCAUGCAUACAUUUGCUGUGAUGGGAGUGAACACUGCAUUCAUCCAGGCUGCUCUUAUGGCAAGAGCUAAGGUCCACACAAUUGUCCCUGCAAAAUUUGCAGCAAAGCUUGACAUCGCUAAUGGCAACUUCAAGAUCGAAGCUUUGCCUGUUUCCGCUCCUGAGCAUAUUGCUGCCGCACACAUUGAGACCUUUGCUGUGGCAAGAAAUGUGGAGGAUCUCCCAGCCGAGAGAAUGACUCCCAUGAUUCCUGCCAAAGCAUUAGCAACAAGCGCACAGCUGUCCAGGGAGAAGUUCACAUCUAUGAUUGCAGCCUCUGCUGCCUCUCUUGCUGGAAGUUUGUCAAGAUCUUCCGAGAUCAUCAAUUCUGAUUUGCCAUCCAACUUCAAGCCCAUCAUUAAGGCAAUUGCAGUCCAGCUUGAGAAGACAAUCUGUGCCGAAAGGCUUGGAGUCAAGGCAUGCUUUGAAGUUGCCUCUAUGAAUGCUGCCUUCAUCAGAAACACUGUUUUCUACAACAUGAUUGGAAAUCAUUCAGUCAUUAUUGCUUUGAAACCAUCAUCUGGACCCGCCAUCGAGAGACUGGAGAUUGAAGUGCAAGUUGGACCCAAGGCUGCAGGAAAGAUCAUCAAAGUCAUCACCAUGAACGAAGAGGAGGAAGCUCCUGAGGGAAAAACUGUACUGUUGAAGCUCAAGAAAAUUCUGGUACCUCAUCUGAAGAACAGCACCAGAUCUUCGUCCAGUUCCAGCAGCUCUCGUUCCAGCAGCUCUCGCUCUAGUAGUUCCCGCUCUAGAUCCAGAAAAUCAGGGCGCAUCAGCUCUUCCAGUUCUUCCAGUUCUUCCAGCUCUUCCAGCUCUUCCAGCUCUUCCAGCUCUUCCAGCUCCUCUAACUCCAGCUCCUCCAGCUCUCACCUCUCCAGGGCUGAGGUUUACGACCGCAAAUUCAAGAAGAAUCACAAGGUCUCUCAAGCCAUCUCCAAUGCCAGAGACUCCAGAAGCAAUAGCAGCGCCUCUAGCUUCCAUGCCAUCUACAAGCAGGCCAAAUUCCUUGGCAAAACUCUCACCCCUAAGGUGACCAUCCUCUUCCGUUUAGUGAGAGCUGACCAUAAGAUGGAGGGAUACCAGGUUGCUGCUUACUUGGACAAAGAUACUUCCAGACUGCAGAUCAUUCUGGCUGCCCUUGCUGAGAGUGACAACUGGAAACUGUGUGCUGAUGGUGUUCUGCUCAGCAAACACAAAGUCACUGCCAAGAUUGCUUGGGGUGCAGAGUGCAAGGAAUAUAACAGCUUUAUCACUGCUGAGACUGGUCUUGUUGGUCCAAGCCCUGCAGCUCGUCUGAGGUUGUCUUGGGACAGACUCCCCAAGGUUCCCAAGGCUGUUUGGCGCUAUGUCAAGAUCGUGUCUGAGUACAUCCCUGAGUCCAUCCCAUCUUACCUGGCUGAAUUGGUUCCAAUCCAAAAAAACAAAAAUAGUGAGAAACAGAUUCAAUUCACUGUGGUUGCAACAUCUGAAAGGACCCUGGAUGUCAUUCUGAAAGCACCCAAGAUGACACUGUAUAAACUGGGUGUGACCCUCCCCUAUCCUCUGCCCAUUGGGUCUGUGACUGGUCUUUCUCCCUUUGAUGACAACAUUGUUAAAAAAAUCCACUACUUGUUAGCUGAAGCCAACGCAGUUCAAUGUAGCAUGGUCAAAGACACAUUGACCACAUUUAACAACAGGAGGUACAAGAACGAGAUGCCUCUCUCUUGCUACCAAGUUUUGGCUCAGGAUUGCACCACAGAGCUCAAAUUCAUGGUUCUGCUGAAGAAGGAUCACGCACAUGAACAAAACCACAUCAAUGUGAAAAUUUCUGACAUUGAUAUUGACAUGUACCCUAAAGACAAUGAUGUGAUGGUGAAGGUCAAUGGAAAAGAAAUUCCCAUCAACAACCUCCCAUACCAGGACUCCUCAGCUUCUAUCAAGAUCAGACAGAAGGGUGAAGGCUUGUCUCUCAAUGCCCCAAGCCAUGGUCUCCAAGAAGUCUACUUUGAUAAGAACUCAUGGAAGGUUGAAGUUGUGGACUGGAUGAAGGGACAGACUUGUGGAAUCUGUGGAAAGGCUGAUGGGGAAGUAAGACAGGAGUACCGUACACCCAGUGGCCGCCUGACCAAGAGCCCAGUCAGCUUUGCCCAUUCCUGGGUGCUUCCUUCUGAGAGCUGCCGGGAUACGUCUGAAUGUCGCAUGAAGCUUGAGUCUGUGAAACUGGAGAAGCAGGUGAUUGUUGAUGCCAAGGAGUCCAAAUGCUACUCUGUUGAGCCUGUGCUGCGCUGUCUGCCUGGAUGCCUCCCAGUGAGGACCACCCCCGUCACCAUUGGUUUCCACUGCCUGCCCGUCGAUUCCAACCUGAACCGCUCUGAAGGUCUGAGCAGCAUCUAUGAGAAGAGUGUGGACCUGAGGGAGAAGGCAGAAGCUCAUGUGGCCUGUCGCUGCUCUGACCAGUGCAUGUAGUGUUCUGGUGGAGCAGAUGCUGUAACUUUUAUAACAGAAUAUCUGUAAUUUCACAUCACUGAGAUGUAACCUUCAACAUUCUUGACCACUCAAAUUGUAAUAAAUCCAACUGUGCAUUCAAA